CUUAUUAUUUGGAAUUUUCCAAUCGACUGAUUACCGCUGCUCGUCUAAUAUAGUGGCAUAGUGUCCUAAUAUGGUUUAGUGCCGUGGAAUGAGCCAGAAUAUUUCGCGAAGCUAAACGUUCCUUUCGCGAAUUAAAACGUUCCUAUCGCGAAGCAAAACGUUCAUUUCGCGAGGCAUAACGUUCUUGUCACUAAGUAAACUUUGUAAAGCUAAGAUCUUAUUCGCAAAUUCAAUCUACUCUCGCGACUGAACCCUCUCCCCACGAAAUCGCAUAAAUGAAGAUGACGCCGCAGCAGUACUGCUUGCGAUGGAAGCACCACCAUUCGAAUGUGCAAAACAUGUUUGCUCAACUUUUGGAAAAAGAACGAUUUUGUGAUGUCACCCUUUACUGCUCACCGAGCUUUGCGACGCAAGUGUCAAACAAGGACACCGUUGAACCGCAAAAUAUCAAAGGGGUGUCCCUCAGGGCGCAUAGGGUGGUGCUGGCAGCUUGUUCAGAGCUCUUGGGAUCUCUGCUAGGCGCUCAUGAGGCACAAGGAGAGCCGGUGUUGGUCAUCGACGGCGCCGAGCCAAAACAUUUGAAAGCGCUUUUGGAUUACAUGUACACCGGGGAAAUGAACGUACAUCAUUCGCAGUUAGCCAGCCUGCUGAAGACCGCCGAGGAGCUUCGCAUCAAAGGCCUCACGGAUAUACGGUGGAACAACAAAGACGAACCGCCUGACAGUCAUUCCGGCGCAGUAACGACGACGACGACUCUAGAAAAUCGGCAACAAUCAACAUCUCCCGAACGUCAACCAUGUUCCAAAGACGCAAAAGUGAUAGAUCCCAAAAGCUCUCCUGAGCCCAAAAAGACUCCGGAGCCCAAAAAGACUCCAGAGCCCAAAAAGUCUCCAGAGCCAAAGUACACGGAGCCCAUAAACCCCAACGAGCAUCUCAGUUCUGAACUAAGAGCGUACAUGAAGAGAGAACAAGAUGAUAAAGACGAAUUUCCCGUUAAAGAGAAAUUUAAUCUAAACGGAGGUCCGCCGCCGUUAAUAAAGCUGCCUACGAAGGAGAAAACCAGUCUUAUCAAGAGAGAGAAUUCCGAUACGGACAGCCCAAGUCCGAAACGUCAACGCAUUGCCAGCGGAGCUGAGAACACCGACGACGAAUCUAUCUGUCAUACUAAAUCGGAAAGUAAUCAAGAAUGGCAACACGGGAAUUUGGAUAUAACUGCAGAGCGAGUAGUCGGUUGGGGAAUGGGUGAAUCUGAAAGCGGCGAUUGGUCGCGAGACGGAUCGGACGAGGAUUGGGCAGACGCGCCCACGGACAUUGGAUCCUUCCUGCACACGAAGUUGAGGGUGGAUGGCGAUAAUAGUGCCGACGAAGAAUCCAACGACGGAUCGACGACAACGGUGCCCCCUCCAAUAGUAACUUCGACUUCCAGUCGUGACGCGUCACUUCCGAGCUCGACGUCCACCUCGGCGUCGGCCAUUUCCCCCGCGGACAUCAAAGUGGAUUUGUUUCACGCGCCUAUUAUUAACAAACCAACAGCAGGGCCGAAGUCAGGCCCGACGGACCCGCGAUUCACGGACGUCGUGAAACUGAAUGACUACCUCCAGCAUGGCAGGAGACCGCAGUUCUGGGAGGAGAACUACGUUAAACGGGUAAUGGAAGCAGUACGUCUAAAAGAACUAGAAAUGAAGCAAGCGGCUGAGAUUCUAGGCGUGAGCUACGGAACCCUCUACGGGCGUUACAGAGAUGUCUACGGGUGCAUCAAUCGCCCUUAUAGAAACCCUGGUAAAUUUCUUUUUGAUAGAACCGCGAGGGAGUUCUGGAGCCCGAAAGGUCCGUCGGAUGUCCUGGAGCGGCUACAGCGGGGUGAGAUAACACUGGACUCGGCCUCUGCUGCGUUAGGUGUGACACCUUCCAAUUUAGCAGCUUAUGUUGCUGACGCUGGACCUGCUGAGAAAGAGUUCGAGCCUAUACCCAUAGAGAUCGACCCGUCCCUGAAGAUGAAGCCUCGCCAAUCCACAUUCUCUGCCUCCAACAACUCAAAGACCCCACGAUAUAAAGGCACUACCGUCAGUGGCAGCACCGGUACCACAGAUAAGUCCACGCGUAAAAUAGUGAUUGGAAGUUUAGAAGACGAGGACCCCAUCCCGGCCACAGUUAUCACCACCAACGAGGGGAAGAGCGCGUUUAGCGGCGCCUCCACCACUACCACCGCUGAAUGUGUGAGAAAAUUGCGUACGGAUUUUGGAAGAAGAGAAGCACCGUCAGCUCCGUAUGUUCGUUAUCUUGUGAAAAAAGUGAAAGAAACUGGCAUCCUCAUCGAUAAACCAAUGCGUGAAAAGCCCAAAACAGUGCGUACACCCGAGAAUAUUGCUGCUGUUGCAGAAAGUGUGCGUGAAGCGCCAUCAACAUCAAUUCACCGUCGUUCUCAACAAUUGAACAUUUCGGAGACAUCAUUGAGACGAAUUUUGCAUAAAGACCUUGGUAUGACGCCAUACAAAGUCCAAUUGGUUCAGGAGUUGAAGCCAACUGACCAUCCAAUGCGUUUUCGCUUCGCUACGUGGGCCUGCGAUCGACUUACAGAAGAUGCCGAUUUUGCAAAAAAAAUCAUCUUUUCAGAUGAAGCUCAUUUUGAUCUUGGCGGGUAUGUAAACAAGCAAAAUUGUCGCAUUUGGGGCACAGAAAACCCGCACGCAUACAUUGAAAAGCCGACGCACCCAAAACGAGUCACUGUUUGGUGCGGAUUUUGGUCCAGAGGCAUAAUUGGGCCAUUUUUCUUCGAAAAUGAGCAAGGAGUGGCCGUAACAGUCAAUGGCGAUCGUUAUCGGGCCAUGUUGAACGAAUUUUUGUUCACAAAAAUUGAAAAGGAGGAUAUUGGCAACAUUUGGUUUCAACAGGACGGCGCUACGUGCCACACAGCCGAAGCUACACUCAAUGUUUUGCGCCCUGUUUUUGAAGAUCGCAUUAUCAGCCGCAGAGCUGAUGUCGUUUGGCCACCUCGGAGCUGCGAUUUGACACCGUUGGACUAUUAUUUGUGGGGUGCCGUCAAAGAUAAGUGUUACGCCGACAAGCCAGAGACAAUUGACGCUUUAAAGGACAAUAUUCGUGAAGCCAUUGGUGAAAUACAGCUGCACACAAUCGAUAAUGUGCUUAAAAAUUGGACCGAUCGUGUAGGCUACUGCAUGGCCAGCCGAGGCAGCCAUUUGAAUGAAAUUAUUUUUCAUUAUUAA